GACAAAUCACCUCCUCACACAGAUCUGGCUCGAGCACUGGCCACCGGACGCCAUGACCGGUGGCACGACCUUCUUCGUUCGCGUUGUUCGCAUGCACACUGAAAGUUUCCACAGACGAUCGCGAUGACCAACACGACGGUGUAUCGUAUGGGCUCGAUCUACAAGCAGGGCAGGAAGCGCGGCUGGUUCGGCCGGGACAACUGGAAGGCACGAUAUGCCAUCUUGACAGGAGACUGCCUCUUGUACUACAAAACCCGAGGCGGUUCGCUGAAAGGGUCGGUCGACCUCACGCGCUGCACGCUGCAAGACAUUGAAAUCAUGCCACCUGACUGCCUCAUGCGCGAUCAAGACACAAAGAACACAACAAUUUGGCGCAUUGCCAUCAAGACUCCCCAGAGGAGGUUUGUCCUGGCGGCGUUCUCACAACAAGACAUGGAUGCGUGGGUCGAAGCGCUCGAGCACGUCGUCCUGCAGCACGGACGACCCAGUUCCGGAAGCUCCGUGGACACGAGGUUGUCUUCGAUGGAGCGCUAUACGGAAAUGAAGGCUACCAACUCCUUCCCUGGACCACCCGCACGAACGCUGACUAAAAUGGCAUCAUUUCGGCUGCGACGGAGCAAGGCGUCCAGGAUAGCUUAGCUUUGGUUUCCUUAGUAUAUGUAUGGACUUGUGGCGCGGUAAGAGUUCGACAAGCUUGAUGCGGCCGCGACACUCACAGCCCAAGGAUUCCACAGCAUGCAGAGUGUAACGGGAAGACGUAGCGACAACUACGGCACUAGAUGCUCGUCCUUCGCGUGCAUUAACGCUUGCUCUCGACAUCGAUUUUCCCA